CUGUGCAGCAUUAGAGACCCAGAGCAGCAGUUCGGAAGAGAUUGUCCCCAGCCCCCCCUCUCCUCCCCCCCCCUCCCCGGAUCUACAAGCCCUGCUUCGUGUGCCAGGACAAGUCCUCGGGGUACCACUACGGCGUCAGCGCCUGCGAGGGCUGCAAGGGGUUCUUCAGGAGAAGCAUCCAGAAGAACAUGGUGUACACGUGUCAUCGGGAGAAGAGCUGUGUGAUCAACAAGGUGACCAGGAACCGCUGCCAGUACUGCAGGCUGCAGAUGUGUCUGGAGGUCGGCAUGUCCAAGGAGUCUGUGAGGAAUGACAGGAACAAGAAGAAGAAGGAGGAGAGGAAGGUGGUGGACCUGAGCACUGAGAUCUACGUUCUCAGUCCCGACACGGAGCAGAUGAUUGAGCGCGUCCGUAAGGCCCACAAGGAGACCUUCCCCUCGCUCUGCCAGCUGGGCAAAUACACCACCAACAACAGUGCGGAGCAUCGCGUGGCUCUGGAUGUGAAUCUCUGGGACAAGUUCAGCGAGCUCUCCACCAAGUGCAUCAUCAAGACGGUGGAGUUUGCCAAACACCUGCCUGGCUUCACCACGCUCACCAUCGCAGACCAGAUCACCCUGCUGAAGGCAGCUUGCCUAGACAUCCUGAUCUUGCGUAUCUGUACUCGCUACACCCCGGACCAGGACACCAUGACCUUCUCAGACGGGCUGACCCUGAACCGGACCCAGAUGCACAACGCUGGCUUCGGCCCGCUGACGGACCUGGUGUUUGCCUUCGCCAACCAGCUGUUGCCCCUGGAGAUGGACGAUGCAGAGACCGGCCUGCUCAGCGGCAUCUGCCUGCUGUGUGGAGACCGGCAGGACCUGGAGCAUGCCGACAGGGUGGACGUCCUCCAGGAGCCCCUGCUGGAGGCCCUGAAGAUAUACGUGAGGAAGAGGAGGCCACACAAACCACACAUGUUCCCCAAGAUGCUGAUGAAGAUCACCGACCUCAGAAGCAUCAGCGCCAAGGGGGCGGAGCGCGUGAUCACGCUGAAGAUGGAGAUCCCAGGCUCCAUGCCCCCCCUCAUCCAGGAGAUGCUGGAGAACUCCGAGGGCCUGGAGGGGCAGGGGGCCAGUGGGAGCAGGGGGGGCGGAGCCCCACCAGGAAGCUGCAGCCCCUCCCCUUCCCCGAGCCCUUCCCCCAGCCCUAGUUCCGCCCACAGCAGCCCCCCUCCCCCCUCCCCCUGAGCAGGGCCCAGCAGCACCACAGCGCCCUCUGUGGGCCAGACCAGGCUACUGCAGACGGCAGAGCCAGCCUACUGACUCUCUCAGAGACACGGGCUGGAGAGGGGGUGGGGGGUCCGGCCUGGGCCAGACCCGGACCAACCCAGAACCAGGACGCACCUGAGUACGUCAGGCCUUCUCGGACAGAAAUCUGCCAGUCCCUGCUUCAGCACUUCUCAUGUUAGACCCAGGCCGGGCCACAUCCUGGGGUUAGAACCAGGGUCAGGACUUCUACCUGCAGACUAGACCAGAGUCAGGAUUUAGCCCUGCAGACUAGACCAGGGUCAAAGCCCUCCCCGACCUCCCAGAAUGCUUCACUCCCCCAGCUGUCCCUGGACCAGCUUCCCCUCCACACAGACCUGCUCUCCAGCACUGGGGGGUGCUGCAGGGCGGAGCUUCGAGGCUGCAGGGCGGAGCUUCGAGGCUGUAGGGCGGAGCUUUGAGGCUGCAGGGAGGGUGUUAGUACCCACCCAGGACCCUGGCGUGAAUAGACGGAUGGAGGAAAUAGAACACUGGCUGGACGUUCAGCACACAUCCUCCUAGAUGUUGUCAAGGACGACAUUCCUACUCAAUUUGACUUCUAUCUUUUUCUUUCUUUCUUAUGAAAGACAUGAGACUAUAAAUUAUAUUAUAUUGAACAAGUAAUGGCUGUGAUUUGAACUGUCGUAGAUGGAAUGACACAUAAAAUCGUGAUUUUUCUUUUCAGCGUAGCCCCCCACAAACACACACCCCCACCCCGCCCCUUUGAGCUUCUGACUCGUGGUUCCUCACCCCCCUCAGCCCCUGGCCAACACAACACUGCUGGAGCUGCAGUCAGUUUCGUGUAGUCGACAGCUCAUGUCCCAGUUAUCGUAACGAAUGUUGAAGGAACACUGAUGAUCCCAACCCCAAGUGUUCCCCGGUCUGUGGAGGAGUGGAGCCCGUAGUGAAUUACCUCAGGGUCAAAGGUCGCAAAGGAAAGGCUCUCAUUGGUUAUCAAGACCACCUCAGUAAACAGAUUGUCCCCAGAGAUUUCUACAGCUAGUGAUGGAUCAACCGAAACUUAAGAUGUUUGACCCCUACCUUCAGGCUUCCCACUCCUCCCCUCCUCUUCCUCCUCCCCUCCUCUUCUCUCACUUCCUCCAACCACCCUGUUCCCCCUGUUUCUCCUCCCUCUCUCAUCCCUGAAUAGAGGGGCGUCGCCCCUCACAGCACUGCCAACUGUGACGUGUUACCUGUCUGUACAACACCACUGCCUCCAGCUCGAGUUUCCCCCGUGUCGCCAUCACACUUGGACGCCGUCAGAACGUUCUCGACACAACACAGCACUGCCUCUCUCCUGCACGCUCCUCGACGGGGCCGUCAAAAGCCCCUUCGCCGGGUCAUCAUUCUGUUCUCAAUACCUUGUUCUUCUCUAGCACGCACGCAUCUAGGCCCUCCGUAGCAGCACAGGGACAACAUAUCUGCCUCUAUUACACGUCAGCUGUUUUGUUUUUUAAAGGAGUCGAGAAUGGAACUCCCAAGUUUGAUGUUGUUUUGUUUUUGACGGUAGGACUUGAGGAUGAAACCGUGAAAGGCAAACAAAGGUCACCUCUGGAGAGGAUGGUGUAGGCUUCUUCCCCCUCCGUGUUUCCAGUGGUCAUGUAUGCAUGACCUGGAGAUGGGAGAUCAGUUGUCGGUUUAGAUGUGAGACCUUGAGCUUGCGAAGGCGCUCUGAAAGGGAUCUUCACUGUGGUUGGAUAAGGAGCUGCUGGGUGGGCAGCCACCUCUCCACACAACACAUCUGCCUCUGUUGCUACCAUCACACUCACUUUACAACACCUGUGACUACCUGUAAACUACACACACACACACUCUCUCAUCCUCUUUUUCACACUUGCACACACAACACCACUGCCUCUGUCUGUGUCCUAGUGUAUAUCUAGUCUGGUGUAUUUCUAGAUUGGAGUAUCUCUAGACUGGCGUAUAUUUAAUCUGGUGUAUAUCUAGUCUAGUGUAUCUCUAAUCUGGUGUAUAUCUAGAUUGGAGUGUAUUUCUAAUCUGGUGUAUAUCUAGAUUGGAAUAUCUCUGGACUGAUGCAUCUCUAAUCUGGUCUCAGAUCACAGACAGGUGAGGACAUUGUUGGGCAGAAGGGAUGAGGUCAGGGGAUGACAGUGUUGGGGUGAUAAUGGGCAGGAGGGAUGAGUUGAGGGGAUGACUGUUGGGGUGAUAAUGGUGAUCUGAGACCAGGUCAGUGUGUCUGGAUGCUGCUGGUAACCAGCCUCUCUGUAGCCAGUUAGGAUGCACAGCUCUGCCACUCCACUCCCACUAAAUAAUGCAAUGUGAUGCACAACCAGCUCUGGAGAACAAAAUCAAACCGUUUUGAUGAUGUCAGAUUAUUGAGAGACAAAGAGAAUAACAUUUAA